ACGUCCCGUCUCCUUCUUUGCUCUCCCUCUCACUAAAACAAUUUUCUCUCUCUAAAACCAUGGACUCAGUUAGUCGGCGAUGUUUUCGCUCCGUCCUCCCACUCCUUGCCGAUUAAUUGAGCAAAUGCUAAGCUCCACUGAGCUUCACUUUCUCUCUGAAUAAACGACACGUUUUUGUGUUCCGGUUAACCUGCACGGUCGCCUGGAACCUUGUGCGGUAGUCGUAGAGAGAAAACAAACUUUUGAUUCUAUAUAUAUGUAUUUUAUAAUCUUCAGUUUCUCGUUGGUUUGACUCUUCAUUUUCAAGUUUUCUUCCUUUCAUAAUUAAGAUUCUCGGCUCUGAUCACUGUUACGUAAUUUUUAAAAUAUUUGAUAAUUCCGAUCCGAUCGAUCUCAACCUUUGGAUUGGAUUAAACUUUGAAUGCUUUAUUUACGCUGUUCUGAAGCUGAGUAUUGAAAAAAAUAAAGCUGAAUUUGAGUUGAAUUUAGUGAUAUAAGAGAGCUAUGUUGGAUCUUAAUCUAAAUGUGGUGUCGAUCGAGUCGACUCAACAGAACGUGGACGACCGAGUCGACUCGGUGGUGUUCUUGGAGAAAUUUCCUGAAGGUUCGUCGGGGACCUCGAAUUCAUCUAUCGUCAAUGCGGACGCGUGCAGCAAUGUCGGGGACGACGAGUCGUGCUCCACACGCGCCAACGCCGGUGACAACAGCGUUUUCACCUUCCAUUUCGACAUUUUAAAGGUCGGUGAGGGCAGAGGUAAAAGCCAAAACGAGAACGAAAAUGAGAACCAGAACCAGAACCAGAACGACGUCGUGACAAAGGAGUUUGCGUUUUUUCCGGUCAGUGGAGGAACUAAGCGACAUGGAGGUGACUUAGCGAGCUGCGAGGGACAAUCUUCUAGAAAUUUGAUCGAUCUUACAUUUGACAAACAACAACAGCAGCCACAGCCACAGCAACUACAUCUACAAGAAGGUGGAGGAGAGGUGCGGGUAGUGCAGCAACCGUCACAGGCAGUGAAGAAGAGCAGGAGGGGUCCCAGGUCAAGGAGCUCACAGUAUAGAGGAGUCACGUUUUAUAGAAGGACUGGUCGAUGGGAAUCUCAUAUCUGGGAUUGUGGGAAACAAGUGUAUCUGGGUGGAUUUGACACUGCCCAUGCUGCGGCUAGGGCUUAUGAUCGAGCUGCUAUUAAGUUCAGGGGCGUUGAUGCGGACAUCAAUUUUAAUCUUGCUGAUUAUCAGGAAGAAAUGAAACAGAUGAAGGAUAUGACCAAAGAAGAAUUUGUGCAUAUACUACGUCGGCAGAGCACCGGUUUCUCAAGAGGAAGCUCAAAAUAUCGAGGGGUGACACUUCACAAAUGUGGCCGGUGGGAAGCGCGAAUGGGACAGUUUCUUGGCAAAAAGUAUAUUUAUCUUGGGCUAUUCGACAGUGAAGUAGAAGCUGCAAGGGCUUAUGACAAGGCGGCUAUCAAAUGUAAUGGAAGGGAGGCGGUCACCAACUUUGAGCCAAGCGUAUAUGAAGGAGACAUGGUCUCUGAGGCCAAUAAUGAAGGCAGCGAGCAUAAUCUUGACCUGAACUUGGGGAUAUCUCCAGCAAAUGGCAGUGGUUUGCACGGUGGAAGAAAUUCAAAGAUGGAAAACUCUACUGCUGCAAUAGUGGGUGAUCCACUUUCCAGAGGGAUGAGGACUUCUGAGAACCCAAUUUUCUGGAAUGGUGUAUAUCCUAGUUUUCUUCUGACUGAGGAAAGAGCAACAGAGAAGAGAACUGAGUUAGGUCCUCCACAAGGUCUCCCAAAUUGGGCAUGGCAAACGCAUGGUCAUGUCAGUGCCACCUCAAUGCCAAUGUUCUCUACUGCAGCAUCAUCAGGAUUCUCAUUUUCAGCUACCCCUCCCACCGCUGCCAUUCUUUCAUCAAAACCUCUCAACCCAGCAGCCCUGAAUCUCUGUUUCACUCCAUCCACCACCACUGCUCCGAACACCUCUCAGUUCUUUUAUCAGAUGAAGCCACCACAAUUCAGGGCUUAUGAUCGAGCUGCUAUUAAGUUCAGGGGCGUUGAUGCGGACAUCAAUUUUAAUCUUGCUGAUUAUCAGGAAGAAAUGAAACAGAUGAAGGAUUUGACCAAAGAAGAAUUCGUGCAUAUACUACGUCGCCAGAGCACCGGUUUCUCAAGAGGAAGCUCAAAAUAUCGAGGGGUGACACUUCACAAAUGUGGCCGGUGGGAAGCGCGAAUGGGACAGUUUCUUGGCAAAAAGUAUAUUUAUCUUGGGCUAUUCGACAGUGAAGUAGAAGCUGCAAGGGCUUAUGACAAGGCGGCUAUCAAAUGUAAUGGAAGGGAGGCGGUCACCAACUUUGAGCCAAGCGUAUAUGAAGGAGACAUGGUCUCUGAGGCCAAUAAUGAAGGCAGCGAGCAUAAUCUUGACCUGAACUUGGGGAUAUCUCCAGCAAAUGGCAGUGGUUUGCACGGUGGAAGAAAUUCAAAGAUGGAAAACUCUACUGCUGCAAUAGUGGGUGAUCCACUUUCCAGAGGGAUGAGGACUUCUGAGAACCCAAUUUUCUGGAAUGGUGUAUAUCCUAGUUUUCUUCUGACUGAGGAAAGAGCAACAGAGAAGAGAACUGAGUUAGGUCCUCCACAAGGUCUCCCAAAUUGGGCAUGGCAAACGCAUGGUCAUGUCAGUGCCACCUCAAUGCCAAUGUUCUCUACUGCAGCAUCAUCAGGAUUCUCAUUUUCAGCUACCCCUCCCACCGCUGCCAUUCUUUCAUCAAAACCUCUCAACCCAGCAGCCCUGAAUCUCUGUUUCACUCCAUCCACCACCACUGCUCCGAACACCUCUCAGUUCUUUUAUCAGAUGAAGCCACCACAGCCACCACCAUAGCCUAUCUUCACUUCACCCUUAAAUUUAAAUAUUCAGGUCAAUAACAGCAGUGGUAUUUAAAUUCCAAUUGUAUGAUUCAAAAUAUUGAUUCAUAUACCCGGCAAGGACUCA